CUAACAGUGAGGUUCACAGUAAGAGAAGAGAUAGAACAAGAGGCCUCACGUGUCACACCUCUUGCCAUCGUCAAAAAGGCUUUGAGUAAUUUUCUUGUGCUCACCUCCAGGACUGACACAUGUGUCUUUGCUGUUCCUCAUCACCUGCUGAAGAUGAUAAAGAUGUUGCUCAGAGCACGCUGUUUUCCCGCAGAUUGUGUUAUCAGGGCUUGGCAUAUAACACUCACUGGAACAGCUGAUAGGAGGAGUCAACUCAACUGAAAUGAACUUUUUAUGAGCUUCAAAAGAACCUACACAACACCCAAACAGCCUCUUAUUUACAACUGACAGGCUACCAGAUGUGUAAUUUCCUUGAGAUGUGGACCAGUGAACGGCUCUUCUAAAUGUGCUCAACGGCCAACUAUGUUCUCCCAUUGAGGAGAAGCUGUGAGGUGGUGGCUACUCCAGGCAGGCUGUGUGGGGGGCUGUCCAUGCCUGCUAAUUUUAAUGGAGUCAGGCCUCAUGGACCGCCACAGGACAUGGAGAUGGACAUGGCUUGGCAGGAGUUGAUGGCCAUCACUGAGCUCCAGGAAUUCGAAGUCCAAAGUGGAAACUCCUACGAAGCUGCACAUUAUCAAUCCAUGCAGCCCAUCACCCCCGCUGGAGAGUUUGGGAUGACUCAGUCCCAUUCAGAACCUCCUCCUGCUGCUGCCUGUGAGCUGAGCACUGCUGACACUUACGAGGGAUGUUACUCUGAAGACGUUCCUGCCUGCCAUCGUCUCAACAACAACACAGAUGCGGUGUAUGGAAAUGCAGAUUCACAGCUGCCUCACAGAAUGCUUCCCAUCUCCUCCCACGCUCAGCCGUCUCUUAUAAACAUGGCAGGUACCGCUCAGGGCCAUAGAAGGCCAAACACCAGCAUCUCUCAGGGGUUAAGUCGACACAUGCUGUGGACUACGCUGGGGCAAAACGCCCAUGUUCGCUCUGGGGAUGAUCUGGAAUCAGAUUCAGGUCUCUCACUGGGAUCCAGCCCACCUUUGGCUUCUCCAGACAAUCAUGUCGGGGGUGGACCAGGUUACCAAAAUAUUGAUAUGGGAACACAAUAUAGUGAUUGUGAACCAGAAAGCAUGACUGAGCAUGGCAGAAGAGGCCACAUACAUUAUCCAAUGGACUAUCAGAGUCAAACUCUCCCAUAUCUACACUCAGGUGGACACGCACCUUACUUUUCACCUCAACCCAGUUACUCUCAUUCACAAACUUGUUCUGUGAAUCCUCGACCUCUGAAACAGCCCGACCUAUACGGCAAUGCAACAGUGACCAGCAGAGGGAGCUCAUACGGCAUGCACACAAAGUCACAAGGCAGCAGCUCCUCUCCUGCUCCUCUGAGCAGAGAUGAGCGCAAGGCUGUGGCUCUGAAGAUCCCCUUCCCCUUGGAUAAAAUCAUCAAUCUCCCUGUGGAUGACUUCAAUGAGCUCCUGACACAGUACACUUUGACAGACACUCAACUCGCACUGGUCAGAGACAUUAGGCGCAGAGGAAAGAACAAGGUGGCGGCCCAGAACUGCAGGAAGAGGAAGCUGGAGAGCAUCGUUCACUUGGAGAGAGAGCUGAACCACCUGCAGGCCCAAAGAGAACAUCUGGCACAGGAGCGGCUGGAGUUCCAACGCAGCUUGACUUUCAUCAAAUGCCGACUCACAGACCUCUACAAGGAAGUUUUCUCUCAUUUACGAGAUGAAGACGGCCAGCCUUACUCCAUAGAUGAAUAUUCUUUACAACAAACUCCUGAUGGAAGUAUUUAUUUGGUACCUCAUUCAAUGGAUAAGAGAGACCAGUGUUAAACUAUUUCAGUCCAGCAAGUGGACUAAACAACUUGCUUGUGAUUUUUGCAACAGUUUGAGUAAACUUGCCAAAAGUAACUGUAAACAUUUUCUGCUCCUUAAAAAUGACUGAAAC